UACAUAUAGUAUGACGCAUGUAUGUAUCACAAUUCCAAUUUAACAAAGUUAAAUUUUCUCAAGAAAUAGAAACAUUCUAGCUUGAAAUGUAACAAACGUACAAUUCACAAUCAGUAUUUUUGGUCAAGUGCAUCAACUUCUGAAUGAGGUUUAGUCAAGAAGAUAGUGUUUCUGUUUAAUUUAUGUUUUAAAAUAUAUUACGUUGCACCCCAAUACAUAAGUUGUCAAUCUCAUUUUUAAGAAUUUCAAUAUGAUGCGUAAAAUACUUGCAAUUACCACACGAAACCGCGCGACGAGCCACAAAUCUUUCCUAAAUGAAGGCAAAUUGAAAAGUUGCGAACGUGAAUUUUGCACGGCCAUUCAAGAGAAUUGUUCGCCGUUGAACGGAGUACGAGUUCUGGAUCUAACGCGAAUCGUGGCCGGUCCUUACUGUACAAUGAUCCUGGGUGAUCUCGGUGCGGAGAUCUUGAAGAUCGAACGACCCGAUGGUGGGGACGAAGCACGCAAGUGGGGCCCACCAUUCUUCCAAGGAACACAAGAGUCGACUUAUUUCAUGAGCAUCAACAGAAAUAAGAAGAGUGUUUGCAUCGAUUUGAAGAAGGGGAAAGAUAUUAUUUAUGAGCUGGCGCAGACAAGCGAUAUUCUGAUAGAAAAUUAUGUGCCCGGAAAGCUGAAUAGCAUAGGCUUAGGAUAUGAAGACAUGGCUAAGAUAGCGCCACAUCUCAUCUAUUGCUCGUUGACUGGUUAUGGAUCUAGUGGACCAUAUGCAAAUAGACCCGGUUACGAUGUCAUUGCUGCUUCCUUAGGCGGUCUUUUGCACAUUACCGGGCCGAAAGAUGGACCACCGUGCAAGGUUGGCGUAGCAAUGACUGAUAUGGCAACAGGCCUGUACGCUCAUGGAGCAAUUAUGGCAUCUUUACUACAAAGAUCGAAAACCAACAAAGGUCAGUGGAUACAAUGUAAUCUCUUGUCGACUCAAAUCGCAAGCCUGAUAAACAUUGCUUCAAAUUACUUAAAUGGAAAUAAGGAAGCGACAAGAUGGGGAUCUGAACACGAAAGCAUAGUUCCUUACGAAGCCUUUUCUACGAAAGAUGGAUACAUGACGAUUGGAGUAGGAAGCGAUGCACAAUUUCUAGAAUUAGUCACAAAAUUACAAAUGUCAGAACUUGCUGCUAAUGACAAGUUCAAGAAUAAUAUAGCUAGAGUUAAAAACAGAAUCGAGCUACUUGAAAUCCUUAGAGAUGUAAUUAAAAAGAAAACAAAUCAAGAAUGGUCUGUAGAAUUUACAGGGGCUUCGUUUCCUUAUGGAGCAAUAAAUACUAUGAGAGAAGUAUUCGAUGAUCCCCAUGUGAAACACAUCAAAUUGGUUCAAGAAGUAAAUCAUCCAGUUACAGGCAAAGUGAAACUUGUUGGACCACCUGUGACAUAUAGCUACGCUACUAACAUAGUGCGAUCAGCACCACCAACAUUGGGACAGCAUACAUCGAUGUACCUACUGUACGAUUACGUCUACGAAUGCCGAAAUCAAAUAAAAAGGUUCAAUGGACUCAGGGGACCGUAGACAAUGAAAAUUUAAAUAAAAAGAAAUCAAAAUGUUGUUGUAUUUAUGAGAAACCAAAAACUUUCGGUGAAAGUAGUUCUGAAGAUAGUGAUGAUGAAUGCGAACAUUGUCAUGGACAUAAAGAUGCUCAUAAGAAAGUCUUACCUAAACCUGGUGAUCCUGCGCGAGAAGGAAUGUCAUCACAUCCUGAACCGAUUGCAACAGGUUCAACAUAAGUGUUUUUAUGCUUAUAUACCUAUUGACAAUUUUUCUCUAAAUGGAAAAUAAAUUCCUUUAUAUUUCUCGAGACAGUAUAUAAUACAGAAAAAGAUGAUAUUAAGUACACAAACUCUAAAUAUGAUUUUGCACUAGUAUAUGUACUUAUAUUACAGUGCUUUAAUCGUGCAGAAGAUUAUAAAUAUUAUUGAAAUUGUUAAUUAUUAUACAUGUCUUGCGAAUAGUAAAUUAUUCAACAUU